AUGGAUGACGAAUUUCCUACCGACUUCCCUUCUCAAACGAGAACCUAUAUUUCAAUAUUAAAUCCUGAAUCUUCUUCAUUCGAACCUUCAUCGUAUUCUCAACAUAUUGAAGAAGUAUCACAACCAAAAUGUUCUUCAGAAAAUAAUAAUCAUCAUUUACAUAUUCAACCUACUACAAAUGAUCAAUAUGAUAAUCAAAAUCAUUAUUCAACAAGUAUUCAUUCAAUAGAACAACCAGCAGAAUGUAUUUCAUCACAAACACAUUUUAUUCAAGAAACGAUAUCAGAUAAUCAACAUUCAACAAGUUCAUGUCAUAUCGAACCACUGAACAUUUGUCAUAAUGAUCAAUUUAAACAACCAAUAUUCCAAACAAAAGAAGAAGAAGAUUAUUAUGAUGAAAAAAAUGAGCAAAGUACAAAUGAAAUUUCUUCUCAACAGUCAAUUAAUAUUAAUAAUGAAGAAAUAAUAAAUAAUGAAACUAAUCUGAAUGAGACACCGGAUGAAUUGAAAACACAACGUGAACUUGAUAAUGAUGAAAUUCCACCAGUAGAAAUACCUAUCGAUCGAUCUUCAACUGAUAUCGAUAGCAAUAAUACUUUAACAGAAUCAAAAUCAAAUAUAAUUGAUACACAUUCAUUAAUAGAACUUGAAACAUCCUAUGAACAAAAACAAACGAAAGAAUCGUUAAAUUCAUUACCCGAUGUUGUUCCUGAAAUGUCUAAAAAAAUUCAUGAUGAUUCACUUCCUCAAACUGAACUUGAUGAUAUUCUUGGUAAUAAAUCUUUACUCAAACAAACAAUUACUCCAGGUACGCCCGAUACACGUCCAUUGCGUAAUACAAUGGCAACAGUUUCUUAUAAAUUAUUCUUAAUCGAUGAUUCAACAUCAAAUUCUCGUCUUAUUGAAACAAUAACGAAUGAAAGUUUUUUUGUUAGUGAAAAUGAUAUUUUACCAGCUAUUGAUAUUUCUAUUCAAUUAAUGGAUCGUGGUGAACAUGCUUUCAUUUAUUCGGAUGUUCGACAUUGUUAUGGAGAAAUCGGUUAUGAAGAAAAACAAAUUCCACCAAUAUCAUCAAAUAAUUCAUAUCGAAUGAAAAUUGAUUUAGAAUUUCAUGAUUGGAAAUAUGCACCUGAUAUUCAAACAUUAUCAAUAGAUGAAAGACUUUUUUGGAGUGAUAAAAAACGACAACGAGGAAAUUUCUUAUAUCGUCGAAAAGAUUAUUCAACAGUUCUUCAAUGUUAUCGUAAUUCAUUAAAAUUCUUAGAUAUCGAACAAUAUCCAUUAUUAGAAGAUGAUAAACAAUCAUCAAUAUUAAUCGAUCGAUAUAUACAAGUACAAAACAAUCUUGCACAAGUUCAUUUAUUAAAUAAUCAAUAUGAACAAUGUUUGGAUGCUGUUAAUCAAGUUUUAAAACAUGAUUCAAAAAAUAUCAAAGCUUUAUUUCGACAAGCAAAAGCUUUAUUUGAAUUAGGAAAUUAUGAUCAAGCAAUUUCACCAUUAAAAUUAUUAUUACAAAGUCAAAAUAAAGAUGUAGAAAAAGAUAAAGUUAAUGAAAUGUUAAAUAUUUGUGAAACAAAAUUAGCAAAAUAUAAAAAAAAUGAAAAAGAAAUUUAUAAAAGAAUGUUUUCAUCAACUACACCAACAAAAACUGAUCAGAAAAUUCAAACAAAAACUAUGCAAAAGGUUGAAAACAAGAAUCAUAGUGCUUGGUGGACAUAUGUUGCAAUGGGUAGUGCUGCUUUAGCUGCCGUUGGUCUCGCUGCAAUAAUUAAAUAUCGAUAA